GAUGAAUGUGACCUGAAUUAUAAGGUCUAUCAGUGUAUUCAAUUACAAUUAUAAAGUGCGCUUUAAUUAUUUAUCUAUUUUUAUUAAUACGAGUUCAAAUUACCAAAUUAGGGCCUCAACCUGUGGAAAAACGAAGGUUUUGCUUUUGCCAAUUGCGUCGCCUUUGUGCCCCUUUGCUUAACGAGCUUCCGACUGUUGAGUCGCUGCGACUGCAAAAUUACGACUGUGCCUCUGCGAAUGUCUGAAUCUCCAUUCAGGUUUGCUCUACAAGUCUGGUUCCUUUUGAAUAAUCAAAGGGUAAAAUUUCCCGUCUUGCGGCUGUCGAGUCGUGGAGUCCACAAUGUCGAGGUCGAUAAAUCUAUUUUCGGUAGUGUCCAAAAGCCACAGCAAAAUCAAGGUUGUUAAAAAAUUUUCUAAAUCACUGGAAUAAUUUCUAAAAUGCUGUGGCGGCGUUAUAGAAAAUCACGACACUUUAUGCCUGGGAAAGCAGAUGAAGUUGUAGCGACUGCUUCCAAAGACCAUCAUCUGUAUCGUCUUAUUGCCUGCCAGAUGUUUGAUGAUUUGCCCAUAUGAGAAUUGAAUAAUCUUCACUGCACCUUUUAUUCCGAAUUCAGCUUAUCCAAGAUGGCGAUGCUACUGUGGAGAAAACCAACUAGUCUCACACUAUUGAGUUCCCAUUUUCUCUUGAAAGUUUGUACUUUCCGCUCAAAAGCUACAGCUGUUGUUGACAACACAGAUAGCUCAGCCACAAAAGCAUCAGUUGACAAGAGACAAAGUGCUUCGACGAAUAAUUCUAGUAAAAUUCAUGUUCCUCCAUUAUUCAGCGAAGAGAGACCGCAUUUGGAUGGUUAUGAUAUUGAGCUUGUGGACAACGAUACUUGGCAGGUUUCAUCAGGUUUAGCCCAUGUGUGGCGAGGAUUGGAUAAGGAGAUGGGAUUGGAAUCUUAUACUGAAGCAUUUGACGAGCAGGUUGAUGAUGUAGCUUCUUUGCAGGAUGACUCUGAUUUCGAUGAGAUCGAUAAUAUGAGAAUUCGAGGCAAUCUCUUUUAUAAGCUUGACAGGGACUCAAAGGAAUUUGAAGAGUAUAGGUUUGACUUUCACAGGAAGAAUUCCUCGAAGAGGAAGGAUAAUACUAAGGGAAAGGAAAAGGAAGAAUCGGCAAAGAACAAUAAUUGUAAAGAAAACAAAAGGAACAGAAACCCCAGUCAUAGUUCAGCUUUUGAAGUUGAAAAGUGUUCACAGAUCGUAAAGAUUGGAAGGGUUUAUGAUUUACUUCUUGAUAAUAUGGUUGGUUCUAGUGGUAUUGAGAAGAAGAAAGUGAGGACACCAACUUUCAAUCAGCUUACAGCACCUUACCAUGAACCUUUCUGCUUGGAUAUUUACAUAUCAAAAGCUUCUGUCCGUGCCUGCAUUAUUCACCGGGUCACUAGCAAGGUGGUGGCUGUGGCACAUUCAAUAUCCAAGGAUAUAAAAUUUGAUCUGCGCUCGACAAGGAAUGCAGCUGCAUGUACUACUGUAGGAGCAAUUCUAGCACAAAGAGCAUUGGCAGAUGAUAUUCAUGAUGUGAUUUACACACCAAGGAAAGGGGAGAGAUUGGAGGGUAAGCUUCAGAUUGUGCUUCAGUCUAUUAUUGAUAAUGGUAUCAAUGUGAAAGUGAAGCUUAAGCAAAGGAAACCUCAUGAGGUUAGUUUGUCACCAAGUGCUUAGGGCUUUAUAGGCAAUCUUGCUCUGUAGCUAUGGUUAUCCUGCUGCAACAUUACAUCACUGAUUCUUGAAGUUGAUAUAUUUCUGAGAUAGUCCUACCUCAAAAGCAGAGUUUUAUUUAUGAGUUGCAAGUUUCUUGUUCUAGGAAUAGCUAUGAUUCUUUUCAAAUAGUACACGGAGGUUUGCUUUCAGCAGCCAGUUAAUUCAAGGAAUGGAUUGAGUUGCAGUGCAGUGAAGUUAGCAGCUCUGUUUGCAGAGACAGGGAUUCGCAUAACCAUUGAAAAAAUAGAAUAGUCUGUUCUACUUCUAUUCAUAUGGUCUGGGAAAUCACAUGUAUAAAAGCAAGUCAAUUGAUAGUAGAAUAGUUUGUGGCCUUUGGAUAUGAAAUGGAUGAUCUUGCAAUUUUUCUUGUGUAAUUAUCUUAUGUAAUUUUGAUGCAUUAAUGCAAGAAUAAAUUUUAACA